AUGCUCCGAACAAAGAUCUUACUGGGACUAGCGAUCCUCAUUGGCAGUUGCCAAGGAUUUUCAACGACGUUUUCGACUCGAUCUAAUUACGUUGUAAACAGCAAUGUCGUCAAGCAAGAACCCAACAAGAAGUCACUGACAUUGUUGACAACCACGUCCACGCAUCAGCGAUCAACCACAACAAAAACAGGAACAAGUCUUUCAGCUGUUACUAUUCCACCCGAAGUCUUAACUAGUUUUCUUCCUCCCAUUCUUGGAUUCUACCGUAGUGAAUUUGGAGUUUCCUAUGCCUAUGGCCUGGCUACAGCACUUUCCGGCGUGUCCAUCCUUCGCCGCUUUUCCCCGGCCACCAACACGGUGCUGCCAAUGCACGCCAUGGCCUUGAUAUUUUAUGGGUUUCGUUUGAAUGCCUUUUUGGCCAUUCGGACCUUGUUGAGUGCUCGACUAAGAGCCUUUAUUGACAAGAUUGAAGAACGAGCCAAGGCCAGAGGCAACAGAUUGUCCCGUGCUCCCUUUAUCAUUUCGUGUGGCUUUUUGUACUAUGGUUUGGCAGCUCCUUUGUUUUUUACUUCGCAAUUGACAAGCGAGAUGAUGAAGCCCUCGUGGGUUCUUCCCUUCAUGAAGACACUCGUGGGAUUGGAAUGGUUUGGUUUUGGCAUUGCGGCAAUUGGUGACUUUACCAAGACCUUUGUAAAGAAGACCAAGGGGGACGAUACAUUGGUAACUUCGGGUAUUUUCUCGCUUCUCCGACACCCCAAUUAUACUGGAGAAAUGAUUGGUUGGACUGCCAAUAGUGUUUGUGGUCUGGUGGGUUUUACCUUGUUGGCCAAGGCAGCUACUAGUCGCGCUGCUUUGUUGAAGCUGAUUGGAAACUUUAUUAUACAAUCCCUCGGAUUGGUUGGCAUUACCUUUGUGCUUAUGCAAGCUACUACAGGAUUGGAAAAGAGACAACAAGAAAAGUAUGGAGAUAAGCCAGAAUAUGCGUCUUGGGUCAAAUCGUCUUGGGGUGGAUGGACUUUGCCAGCAAAGAAAGAAAUGAAGGCUGAAAGCAAGAUUGAAUUGGAUGAGAGUCAAAUUGAAGAGUACGGUUCCGGGAUCUAA